UCUCUCUCUCUCUCUCUCUCUCUCUCUCUCUCUCGUGACUCUCCCAGCUCAGCUGCAUGGGACGCUCGAGUGUCAGUUGGUGCCAAGGACGCCCAGCGGGAGCGGUCAGCGGCUGCCCGUCGAGGCGUUAUCAGGAGCCGAGCGAGAUGCAGUCGAACAUGGGCAGUACCAGUGUCGCUCUACUGAGCUACCACUGCUGACUGCGUAACACGAGAGUGGCACGAGAAGUGUGAGCCAGCCUGAUGGCGGCGCCGACUUCACCAGACGCGACCGACGACUGGAGAAGGUGCAUAAAGCAGAAAUCGGACGAGCUGUUUAACAUUUGUGGCGAGAACAGUCAACUAGCAAUUAAUGUGGCAGUGACAGGUGUUAACGAGAGGCAAAGUUUGACGGGUCAUCUUGUUGAAUUUAGCUUGAAUCAUCAGCGCUUAGCUGUGGCUAAUCUGUUUUUUCAGCUCCCAUUCAUCUGGCUUCAAGUGGGCCUGGCUGAGUGCCGCUGCUCCCCUUUCGGUAGACUUAAUAUUCUCAAUCAGUUUGGGUCCGGCAGUCUGGCCGAAAGGCUCACUGGCUUCUAUGAUGGGCCUCAGUUGAAAGCCACCUCUGACAGUGAUCUGAUGCUGGAACUGGGCCCGGUGCAGUGGGUAACGGCAGACGGCACGCCCCUGACGCCGUCGACGACCCCGUGGGACGGACGUCUGGGUUCGGGUCCACAGAGUGAUGUACCUGACUUGCCAGCGUCGCGUCUGAUGAUUGUCGAGACAGAAAACCCAGGAUUCGUGCGUGUGCUGCAAGAGAGAUUGGAGGACUGCCCGCACACCAAAGGACUGCCUUUUGAAAGCAGUCGAGUUAAGCACCUCAUGGAUGCCUUCUACCGAGUCAUCUCUCCAUUCAGGCAGCAAAAUACCACGGGACCGUCUGUCGCCAAUGUCGUGACUCAUUCACAGUUGGUGUCGGUGGCCGGUCAGGUAACGGAACAUGAUCACGUUGCCUGCCUGUACGCUCAGGGCUGGUGGCCUUCGGAAGAGUUUUUUGAACGCCACCGCAAGCACGACUGGCCACCGAAGUCGAUGAGGGACAACAUUAGACGAUUCGGGGUACACCUGGUGCCAGUGGGAGCACAAGGAAGCCCAACGGAGAGCUCGGAGUGGCGUUUGUCGUUCUCCAGAGCCGAACUUCUGAUCGCAAUGCUGCUUACAAACAUUCAAGCGCAGUCGCUUGUUGCCUUCAAAACGUGCAAGUCGGCAAUUGGUCAAAAAGGCAAGUCAGUGAAAUCAUACUUUGCCAAGACAGCUCUAUUCUGGCUUUGUCAGGACCUUCCUCCAGAAAUGUGGACGGAUAUUGUCGAAGGCGCGGAGAGAAUCAUCAACUUUCUCUUCAAGAGCAUUAAAGCCGGCAAGCUCCCAGCUUUCCUCUGUGCUGAGAUAAAUCUGCUGUGGAAUAUGAGCAGGGCCGAGAGGAAGACGAUGCUGACAACACUGAACGACAUGCGGACAAACUUGCAACGUCUUUUGCUGAUGAACCCAAUGAUACACUUUGCAGUUCGGAUGGGGCUGAUGGGAAAGGGAACUGGACCAGUCCCUGAGCACGAGUUGCGUGUCUGUUUCGCUCGAUCUCUUGUAAGAACAAGUAUUCUCGAAACCCCGAGAGAUUUGAGGAAAGUGCCAGUGAUGAAGGGCCGUCGACUGGCAGCUCUACUGCGGACUUCCGCGGCAACAGAUGUGAUGUACAUGAUUCCUGAGGAGCGUCACUGGUACUACCAACAGUCGAAACUAUUCCAGGCGUACCUAGUAGCGCCAGAAGAUGUACAGAUCAGAAUGCGUCUGUCCUCGAGCCCGGACGGUGGUCUGGUUUGGGAUGCUGCUCCACUCGUAGGGCUGCUGACAGCCACCGACCUGGAUCACAUACUAGGAGACCCGGCCGCAGUGCGCGCCUGGCUCAGACGUCAGCAUCGCAAGCCAAAGGCUGAGCGGCCGCCAGGGGCACCUGCUGACCUGAGGUCACCACGUGACCACUGUGACCUGCUGCUCAACAUCCCGCUGCUGAAUCGAGCUCUGCUGGAAACUGGUCACGGCCCAAGGAUCGAAGUAGACGACCUAAGAAUUGAGACCACGCUUCCAUUUGAGUCGUCUCAAAAGCGUUGGCUCGACCAGGGAAAAAUCUUGGCUUUUGGAGUUUAUAAGCAUUUUAUGUCACUUGGAAUGGACGAAGAACAUGCUACGAUGGCAGCGAUCAGCUUCCUUGAGGAGUUUCAGCAGCAUGCACACGCGCCAACGACUCGGGAAGAGUACGAACGCCUGCGGACUAUUCUGCCGGAUCCGUGGCAGCUGGGAUCGUUCUUCCACCCUUGCAGUGACCGGGCUCAGAACUGAGCUCACCGGCUCCUCUGAGCUCCGCGCUCCGCACUGAGCUCACCAGCCGAGCUCCGCACUCCUCACUGAGCUCACCGAAGUGACCUCACGCGCUUCACACUAGGCUCACCGGCUCCACUGAGCUCAGAUCAACUUCUCAGCGGUUUGCAGUUGACUUUAUUUGCAGUCAACGCUCGUGUCUGAACUUUGUAUGGUAUAUGUUGUUUCUCAGAUACAAAUUACGAGUUUUGCCUUAUUUCACUCUCGCAGAAUGUUGCAUUGGUUGAAUGUGCUAAGUGCUUAUAGGUGCUAGGAUGUACUACCUAUAUUUUAUCGUCAGUUGGACAGACUAUAUGUCAUCGCAGAGUGUUACAUUGGUUAAUAGCAUCAUGCUAUUAACCAAUGUAACAAAAUCAGAUGCGUCGCCACCGGAAGGGGGGAGGGGAGCAGCAGGGGCCGGGCACCCCACUUUGCUUGAGUGAGGGGGUGCCCCCCCCAACUUUUUCGGGUUCUGAUAAUUAAUUUAAUCGCGUGUUUUGUAAAACUGAACGUCACCUUAAGGCCUGGCUACACUAUGCGUUUUUUUCGUGCGUUUUUUGCGUGUUUGUGUGUUU